ACUCCCAUUGUUAGGGCGGAGAGACAUGCACAUCUUGUCAGUAUUUCCAUAAUCUUUGCUGUAAUGAACCAAAUGUUGGCAUUAGCCGUCAACAGAAGAAGAAGACCAAAAAAGUUGCAUGCUGGGAAGAUGGCCGACAUCAGUGCGGCUAGUGAAGAAUGAGAGGACGAGAAACCGAAUACAGUUCUUGCGGCAAAUGUCAUCAAUCGUUUUAAAACGAUUUCCGGUGUAGGUGCGUCGGAGCUACCAGGGAAAAUAAUAUAUUGUGUCAGUGUGAAUAAGUCAAACGCAUUGUCAAUAACACCAACCCAUAUCCGCUCCUGGAUAGAGAGGACAGAGCGAGGCGAAUUGAAACCUAGGUCAAGACAGUUUGCAAAAAAAAAACGGUGUCAUUGCAAUGGACGUCCAUGACCAAAGAAAUACAGUAUUCCACGAUUAACUAGCUAAUUAAAUUUGGUAAAUUAGUUAAAAUGCUCAACCGAUACAGUGAACGUUUUAAUUGACGGGCUUGGCUGUCACUCCUAUGUUUCGCUUAACUUCUUGGGAGUGUCACGGUCAGAUGACAGACUGACUGUCAUUGCUCCCAGUGAGAUACUCAACGGCAACACCCAUCUGGAUAUUCCUCUUGCGUUGACAAACAUGUGUAGUCUGCAGUGCCUCAGCGGUGUACUAGCCUGUGUAGUAUGCUGUGGCUGUCCUCCAGCCCAGGCCUCCUGAGCUGUGAAAGCAUAAUCCCUUCGCCCCUCUGCCAGCGAUACGCCUGCCGCCUUAGCGCCCUCGCUCUCGCCCUCGCCGGCAUGUACACUACCCGCCUGUACAGCGCAGUAGGUGGUGGUGGAGGAGGAAAGCCUGGACGCCGGCCGGGCCUGGGGGGUGGAGGUCUGCCCAUGCUGGAGAACCACCCCCACCACCACCCUCUCCCACCACACCAACAUCCCCACCACGUGCCUCCUCCACCUCCCAGCUUCCCGCCCAUCUACCAGGGGCGCCCUGACCCUCACCGGGGGCCCCACUUUCACAGUCACCACCACCACCAACACUACCAUCCCCACCCACACAUGGCCCCUCUGCCUCCAUCCAUCCCCCCGCAUCCCCACUACCAGACACACGCCCACCUGCACCACCACGGCACUGUUGGGGCCGCCGGCAACAACAAGAAGAAGACGUGGAACUUCAUCCACGAGAAGAUGAGCUACGACACCUUCUUCACCAUGAAGAGGCUGAUCGAACGCUCGCGGAGAGCGGACGAGGUGCUGCGCUGGGUGACGCAGAACCCAGGCAAGAUUUCACACAACCAUUACCCCAUCGCACUGCAGAAGAUCGGCCAACUACUACAGGCCGGGGCUGGGGGAGGAGGGGGCGGCGGAGGUGGCUCGGAUGCAGCCCUGGUUCCCUCUCCCGGAGUCGGUGGAGGAGAAAGAGUGGAGAAUGAAGGUCGACAGAUCUUGGAGCACCAGGACUUCCAGACGCUGUGCGACUCCAUUGUGAGGGACUGUGCCAAGUUUGACAACUUCAGCAUUGUCAACUGCCUGUACGCUGUGGCAGCAUUAGGCCUUCCCAGCGACUCGCGGGUAGUGCAGGUGCUGGAGGCUGAGUCCCAAUCACGACUGGGCCAGUUUAACCAGAAGGACGUGUCCAUGGUGUUCAGCUCCAGCAUGAAGCUGCACCCCAGCAGCCAGCACCCGCUCACCGAGGCCUGCCUGGCGGGCUUGGAGAAGAACCUGGAGCGGGAGCGUCACCCGCAGACCCUCUUCCUGCUGCUCUCCUACUACCGCCUCAAGUGGCGCUCGCUGCAAUCCAGCGACGCUGCAACGGCCGAGAUCGUGGCCAAUAUACCACCCAACCCGGAACAGCUCCUGGCCAACAGGAAGAUCCUCCGACUGGUCAAGCACACACUGGCUAGCGUAAGUGGAGUGCGCGACCAGGAGAUGGCGCUGCUGGACGAGAUGCUGGCUACUUGCGUACGCGAGGCUAGUAACAAGAGCCUGGAGAUCAUCUUCAGCUCCCACCUAUUCUACCAGAACAGACAGGAGAGGUUUGUGUGCAGCCUGGCUGAGGAGCUGCCUAAAAAAGUGGACAGCAUAACCCCAUACACCAUGGCCCUCAUUGCCAAAUACAUCGCCCGCCACCGGCUCAGAGAGACUCGACUCCUCGACACCAUCGCUGAUUUCCUGGUCAAGAAGGGAGAAUACCUGGAUAGCAAGGUAAUCCAAAAGCUUGUGUUCCCCUUCAGCCGGAUGAGCUACCGGCCGUCCAACGAGGUCCAGUUCUUCUCCAAGCUGGAAGUGGUGCUGGAGCUGAAGGCUCUGAGCUCCCCGCUAGCCACAGUCAACAUCCUCAUGUCCCUGUUCCAGCUGGGCCACUUCCCUGGCCUGGUGCUGCACAAGGUCUUCUCCACCGCCUUCAUCAGCAACGUCACCAACAGCCCUUACGCUCUGAUCGUGCGUCGCUACCUGUCUCUGUUGGAUGCGGCGGUGGAGCUGGAAUUCAGGGACUACACCGGUCCACGGCUCCAGGACACGCACAAGGUGCUCAUGUUUGACCACGCGCUGACCGCCGACGAGGUCAACCGCAAAUACAGCUACAGGGGUCUUGUUGCUGAAGCCCUCAGACAGUUGGUUGGAGAGCAUGGAUACAAACAAGACGAGGUUCUGGCCCCUGGUUAUUACACAGACUUCCUGCUGUGGAUUGACAGCUCUGGUCAGGUUCUCCCUAUCCAGGCAGGGGCCUCCCUAGGUGUUUCCCACAAAGCCCCAGAGGGAUCCGUGGCUGUGACGGCCCUCGCCUCAGACUUUCAAAAGUUCUCCCCCUUCGCCCCACUAGAGGAAGGGGGGGACCAGCGACCCGUCGGAGGGGACGAGUCGGUGACCCUCCUGCCACACCACAUGCAGCGCAGGGACAACCCUGCCUCGGCCCAGGGGGCCGGCCCUAACGGCGGGGGCCCACUUGACUACAACACGUACUACACGCCUGCUGACUACUACUCCAGCCUGGCCAAGGAGCACUCUCUGGAGAGCCAGGACAGCUCCACGCUCAGCAGCCCUCCCUCUGACAGCCUAGCCCAGCCAAUGGCCUCCGGGGUAGGGGGAUCCACCACAGCUGCCCCGGUUUCUCUUUUCCAGUUCUCUAUUGGGAAGAUCCUGGAGGACGAGGGAGGGGUGCAGAUGGGGCCAGGUAAUCAUGGGCCCGGCUGCGAGCUCCCUGUCUUCUAUGAGGGGUUGGCCGGGGACGUGGGGCUGCACCCGGCCGAUCGAACCGACACAGAGAGGGCAGUGGGGUUGGCCGGGGACGUGGGGCUGCACCCGGCCGAUCGAACCGACACAGAGAGGGCAGUGGGGUUGGCCGGGGACGUGGGGCUGCACCCGGCCGAUCGAACCGACACAGAGAGGGCAGUGGGGUUGGCCGGGGACGUGGGUCUGCACCCGGCCGAUCGAACCGACACAGAGAGGGCAGUGGGGGACCAGCAACAAGUUAAGAGAGUGGUCAUGUCGGUGAAUGACAAGUGGCACUACUGUCACAACUCUGAGGUGCUGGUGGGCUCCCGAGCCAUGAGGGACCGUCAUCUGUUGCUCCUGGGAUAUGUCAUUCUGCAGCUGCCCUAUCACGAGCUGGAGAAGCUGAAUGGCAUAGAGGAGGUGAAGCAGUACCUCCACAAAAAGCUCCUGGAGGUCCCCUUAUGACAACAAAAGACUUGAGUGUGUGUGUGUGUGUGUGCGCCAUUGCGACUGCUUGGGAUAGGACAGGGGGUUGUUGGUGGGAUUGGGAAAAGGGGGUGGUUUGGGGUAGAGAACAAACCCUGGUCAAAGUCUAAAACUAGAGGUUUUUUUCGUUGUUGCAAUUUUGCUCUUGCAUUCAUCAAAAUGGCGCCACGCUAUUUGCAACGAGCCAUAUACCCAGUUGAUGACAUGUCUAGUAUCAUGUUGCCACGCUUGGUAUCUUGUUAUUGUCACUUCACAACCGUUCUUGACCAUCUUGCCUACGGACUGUUCUUAGUGUAUCACAGUAGCAUGACAAAAAACAGUUGGUUUUUUUCUUCUAUAGUUGUAGUUUUAAUCAUGGCUUUGUGUGGGGGAAUAAGAUGUUUAUUAUAAUUAUUAUAGAGUCAUACAGAGAUGACAAUGUUUGGGGGUGGAAUUUUAUAUUGUUUAACUCUAGUUGUAACGCAUGACUGUUCAUACAGGACAAACAAACGGGGCUUCAUAGUGUUUUCUAAUACUGGUGCACCGUAUGUAGACUAAUGGACUGUAGGAUGUUAAUGAGGGAUGAACAUUUAUAAGUGUAGUUUAAUGUGUUUAUAUAUUUUUGAAUGCUGGAACGGCUUUUCCUGUGUCCAGAACAAAGAAACGCGUGGUGGAAGUCCAACGUCAACUUAGUCUCUCUUUUGUUUUGUCUUUGGCACUUCACUCGUGACAUUUUAAUGAUUGACUGUAUUCAGAGAGGAGUUUGAUUCCUCAAGUGAGUUUCCACCAACUGCAUUGACAAUGAAACAGGUUUUCCAGGAGGGAAUUGCUAGAUACCCGGGACCUCAUUUAUCUCACUCAAUUCUGGCAUACGUGGAGAUAAAUAGUUGCCCAUGCAAAUCCUACAAACUGUCACAUGCAUCAUAUACAUUUGUUUUCAUUGAUUAAACUAGAGCCAUACUAUAUUUGUGCUCGUGGACGAGCUUUGCAACCCCGCUUGGAAAAUGCCCUCAUUCACGGUAACAAAAACUGUAUGAUUUGGAGAUGUAGGAACUGGGCCGUGAUAGUUCCUGAAAGCCAAAAACACAAUGGCAAGUUGCAUCACAUUUCUGUAGAGAUGUAGACCGAAGGUGUUCAUCUCUUGCAGUGACUUUUUCAAACUUUAAAUGCCGUGGCCAUGCACUAUGGAACAUUGUCUAUUUUGAGUCAUUUUAAAAGUAAAUGUUUCAGCCCACUUUUAUGCAGAAGAUGAAUUAUUGUUCAAUAUUUUAUCAAUACAUAGUGUUUUAUAUCUUCUGCCUUGAUGGCUCUGAGAUUUAACAGGCUAAGAUGCUGUGCUCCUAAUGCACAGCAUUACCGUAGCCUACCCAUACUGUCAAAUAUUUUAAAUAGGCUACCGGUCUAUUUACUUUUGAGCGAUUGAUAAAUGGUAUCCUCAUUAGUUAUGCAGCAGGAAUGAACCAGUUAAGUCAGAAAAGGAGAGAUGUAAAGGCCUAAUAUAAUAAAAGUAAAGUAACAUAUUAGACUACAUGCUUCUCUGAGAUCUCCUUACUAAAUGCAUCUGUGUUAUCAUUAGUAUCAUGGUUUGUUUAAAUAUACCACUUAUAAUUCUUGUGCAUCAAAACCAUCUCCAUUUCCCCCAUAAGAACAGUGUGUGCAAUACAGUUGAUCAACCACCAGAUGUACACAUGGCCUGAGCUGUACUUGGGAAGAUACUCACACUUUCCCGCAAAUUCAUAUUAAAAACAUCUUUAAGGGGGAGAAAGUGGAGCAUGCGUCUUUGUGUGCAUACGCACAUUUGAUAAAUGAGGCCCCGGGUUGGUUUAAAUGAGACAAUUUGAUUGGAAGGUCUGAGUAUUGCUAUGAAAAAGACAAGUGGAUAGUGCCUCUGAAAACCUUCUGAAAUUGUACCCUGACCUAAUUUCCGUUUGAAUGAGGUGAUUGUGUCAUACAGUGAAACAUUUCACAAUACCACACAAAUGACUCCCAUCAGCUUUGUACAUGAAUAACCCCAAACACUUGGAACUGUGUAAGGUAAAGCAGAAAUGGCUUAUGUGAUGUUAAUCCACCCCAGCGUUGUCUCUUUGUUCUGUUUAUGGAGCCUUCCCGAUAGAGACCAGGGUAACUGAGUCACCUGUGUGUAAUAUAUUAAUGAAUGCAUAGGUUGUAUAAAUGUAUUAUGCACAGGUGGUUGAGUUAGUAUUUAUUUAUUGGUACAGAGGAUGUGUGUGUGUUUGGGAAAGGAUGGGAAAAGAUUUUAUUGAAAUGUAUGGAAAAAUAUUAAAAGAAUGGAGAAAAAAAAGCAA